AUGCCGUUCUUUCGCAAGCAAAAACGAGGAGGACCAUCCACUCCACCAUCGCUGCCUGAUCACCAGGCCAGCAAGCCUUCAAAGACGGGCAGCCACUCGAUCCGUGCCCUGUUCACCGGCAAAAAGCCCAGGCCUGCCGCCCAUCCUCAUCCCACCUCUCCAACGCUACCCAACGGCAGCGAAACAAGUACCACCACCCCCAAACCUCAGGGACCAUUCUCAGUCUCCUUCCACCCCAAGCCCCAACCCACCCUCUGCUGGCAGAACAUCGAUCCCCCGGACAAUCUACUGGUGUCUCUAGACGAGAAAGCCCUCGAACAGCAAUUCCUGUUACACCGACCCCGACCCCGAGCCACCGCGAUGAUCGACACCAGCCGAACCACCUCGCCCACGUACACGUCCCCGAAGGCAGCAGCAGCAGCAGCAGCAGCAGCAGCAGCAGCCACUCUCCUCCCCGGCUACAACGACGUGAGCGGCUCCGUCAUCGUCGACUGGAACGGGUAUCCGCAUUUCCUCUCGCCGCAGGAGGAAGUCGACCGAAAACUCCAGCUGGAAGCUGCGGUGCAGGAGCGGAUGCUGGGGUUGCCGCGGCGGACGGAAUUCGCCUGGGAGCGGCCCGGUACCCAGCAGCAGGGUUGUGGUGGGCAUUAUGCGCCCCCGAGGUAUACGCCGGCGGGCGCGAAGUCGGGUUCGCGGUCUUCGUGUGAGAGUACGAGUAGUAGUGGUAGUGGGUCGUCUGGUCGAAGGUGA